AUGGACGUGGCCGUAGAGGGGCGCCAGCCGCUGGCUACUGGCGCGCUCGAGUUCCCGCUUCUGCAGCUGAUUGUCGAGGCACGCAACGAACAUGGCAUGCGUCAGCAAGACUGGUCACGCUACCGCCGGUAUUGCGCAACCAAGACGCAGCGCGUGCGUUCCGCGCUGCAUCUAACGCACGCCGCUGAGCAGGGCAAGGCCGGCAAAGCGACCAAGGGCCAGCGCCGCAGCAAGCGCCGCAUGAAUAUGACGCCGGAGAUGCAGAGUGCUGCAAACAAGGGGCGCGGCCAUCAGUUCGUACGCCGAGAGAUCGCACUGGAUGAGGUGCGCGACACGCGUCCCCUGGAGCUCUUGUUGUUCGAGGCGGAGCACAGCUGGGCAUCUGCGGAGGAGAUCUGGUCGCAGCAUACGGACGAAAAUCGCUCCGUGCAUCGCCGUCACAGUCUCAGCCGAGCGCGUCGCGCCGUGCAGUACGCCGAGGAGCUCCGCGAGCUUGUCGAAGCCUUGCCGGCAGUGACGCUGCCCGGACGCGCACAAACGCUUGCCUACGUCGGCCUUGUGCGUGGUGCACUGCAUUUCAUCCAGGGACGCUCCGAGGAGACGCUUAGGGUGGCGGCCGUCACUCGCCAGUUGCUGACAAACAUUGCCGAGAGCAGUCCUACGAGUCGUGACGAGGCACUGGCGAGCAGCUUCCUCGACACACUGGACGCGCAGAUCCGCUUCGCUGCCUACUCUAUGAACGAGACCGACGAUCCUUAUGCGGCCGCCGAGCGAACAGCGACACCCGCCGUGUGCGAAGAGGUGCUGCCUGGUUUUGCUGAGACGAUCCAGCAGCUGCGCAGCUCCCACCAGGCCGCCCCACCGAAACCCCUCGAGCUUCAUUGGCGCUCUCAAACGAUUCCCGUGCAUACAGUGGAGCUAUAUGACGUCGUUACACGCGUGCGGGCUGAGGAGGCCGUGCUGGCCCGCUUUGUGCAGGCUCCGACCUUCUCGGCGCCAAGUGAGCGGACCAAGUCGCAACGCACACGCCUCACACAUGCUGAACGCAAUGCCAAGCGACGCGGCGGUACAGGGCGUGCGCGUGUCGCGCGCACAAACAAUGCAGAAUGGGACCCAUUCGACCGUGUUUUGUCUGCGCUGGCGGAUGCCGAGGCGACCGCCCGCGCACUUGUGGACGAAAAUUCUCAUGCACUCGCAAAAACCCACUCGACGCGGUACGAGGCAAGCGGUGUCCACCUGCGCCGCGCCCAUGAGUGGCUUACCUACCGACUGCUCUCUGUUCGCAUUGCGCGGAACGUGCGUCUAAUGCAUGGUGUACAGCUGCGCGCGCACAAGCGCGAAGCGCGUGCUCAGUCGCUCCAGCAAGCACAUUCGGCGCGCGUGCGGCCGUCUCGACCGGCGGCGCCAAGCCAAAAGCGGCCCCAGCCCGGUUCGCGCGCAAAGCGCACGCGCGCUGAGCCCAAGGCCUUCCGGCGGCGCCCGGGCCGCAGCGGUACACGCCGUCUCGCAAGCGAGCGUCGUGUCCUGCGCUCGAAGCGCGCUUUGCGGGCUGCCGAGGGCCAAGCGGAGCGCCGCCGCCUGCGGCUCGUGCCUGGCCUUGCCAAGCUCCUGGAUGGCAUUGACAGCAGCCUUCUUGCCAUUGGUGGCCUCGUCAUGGUUGAAGGCGAACCUGAUGUAUCCAAUUUGUUGGAGGCUAAGCGAUUCUUUUACUGUGCUGCCCUCAUGGAAUACCUGGCCCAUGCAUUUGUGCAGUAUGGUCUGCUAGGCGAAGCACUCAUUUUACUACAGCGCGGAGAUCUCUAUAUUCGACAGGCGGAGCAGUCGCUGGAGCUUGCCGAUGGUGCUGAGGAUGAGGACACGAGUUUCCCUCCGCAGCUCUUAGGCGGCAGUGACGCCCUCGCCCAGCGAGCGCAGGGAUUAGAACAAGCGCGCACGGACGUCUACUCGGCGAUCACCCGACACCAUGGCCCUGCUGCGUCUAUGCGUGCAUCCAAGUCAGGCCAAACGCUCUACUUUCAUGCACAGCGCCAUGUCUCGUUCGAUGCAGCGUUGGUGGAGCACGCCUUGCUGGAGGCCCAGGCUCAGUUGGCCCGUGGCCCAGCGGACAUGGCGGCUGGCGAAGCUAUGGACGCGGAAGAAAUGGAGCCCCAGGUCGAGGACCAUGCGCCCGUGGAUAUGCCGAUGAGCAACGACGAUGCGCCGUUCGAUCCGGCCAACGCGCUGGCUGAGGAGGAGGAACGUGCGCAGGAAGCGCAGCGCCCACGUGGAUGGCUCGCAAGCUGGUUCGGUCGUCGAGCGUAG